UUAUGGUGGCAAUAGCUGUUGUUCGUCGCAGGAUAUAUACAGAAAAUCGAUGAUGGCAAAGUUGGUGCUCGCUGUUCUCGUCCUAAUCGUCGGCCUCGCUGCCGGAAACCGAUCGCCUCCUGCUGUGACCGAUAAGACCCUUCGAAGGAUAGCUCACUCUCUGAAGAAGUACAUCGAACCCCUCCCCAUCGUGCCCAAGAUCUCUGGCUAUUCCACGCAGGAUGGACAUCCAAAGUCUAUCAGUCUCACCAUUGGCAUGUUCCAUAAGAAAUGGAAGUUCCACCGGGAUUUGCCCGCCACCACCCUCUUCGUCUACGGCGCUAGCCGCGAGGCGGCCACAUUCCCAGGCCCCACCAUCGAGGCCCUGCAGGGGGUCCCACUCAAUGUUACCUGGGAGAACCACCUCCCGGAGAAGCACAUCCUGCCUUGGGACCCGACGGUCCCGGUGGCCAUCGCCAAGCACGGCGGCGUCCCUGCUGUCGUCCAUCUCCACGGCGGCGUCCAUGAGCCGCAGUCCGACGGCAGCGCCUUCGCGUGGUACACCGCCGACUUCCGUGACAAGGGCACCAAGUGGACGCAGGCCACCUACCAUUACCCCAACGUGCAGCACCCUGGCAAUCUCUGGUACCACGACCACGCCCUCGGCCUCACCCGCGCCAACCUCCUCGCCGGCCUCAUCGGCACCUACGUCAUCCGCAACCCCUUGGCGGAGGCCCCCUUCGGCCUCCCCACCGGAGACGAGUACGACCGCCAGCUCGUCCUCGACGACCGGAGCUUCUACGAGGACGGCUCCCUCUACAUGAACUACACCGGCAACAACCCCACCAUCCACCCGCAGUGGCAGCCCGAGUACUUCGGGGAGGUCAUCGUGGUCAACGGCAAGGCGUGUCCGUACCUCGCAGUCCAGGGCCGCAGGUAUCGCUUCCGUAUCCUAAACAGCAGCAACGCCCGUUACUUCAACCUCUCCUUGUCCAACGGCUCGUCCUUCACCGUCAUCGGCUCCGACGUGUCGUACCUCCGGAAGCCCGUCACCGCGUCGUGGAUUCUCCUUGCACCGGCCGAGAUCUUCGACGUCGUCGUCGACUUCUCCGAAUCAAAAACUUCCACCGUCAGGCUAACGAAUAGCGCGCCUUACCCAUUCCCCGGCGGAGACCCGGUGAGCACCCUGAGCAGCAAGGUCAUGAAGUUCGUCGUAUCUCCCAAGAAGACCAAGGACGACUCUAGGAUUCCAGCUAGCUUGAUGACCAAUUACCCCAAGGCGGACGAGAAGGAGGGGACGGUACGGAGGUACAUCGUGUUGUACGAGUACCAGAGCACGACGGGCGAGCCGACGCACCUGUAUAUCAACGGGAAGAGACUGGAGGACCCGGCGACGGAGACGCCGAAGCAGGGGAGCACCGAGGUGUGGGAGGUGAUCAACCUGACAGGGGACAACCACCCUCUUCACCUGCAUCUGGCGACGUUUCAGGCGGUGCGGGUGAGGGAGCUGGUGAAUCUGGAGGCGUUCAAAGCGUGCAUGACGCGGAAGAACGACGCCGUCAAGUGCAACGUGAAGGCGCAUGCGACGGGGCAGCUGAAAGCCGUGCCGGAGCACGAGAAGACGUGGAAGAACAUAGUGAAGAUCGAGCCGGGCUACAUGACCACGAUCGUGGUGAAGUUUAAGCUCAUCGAUAGAGACGCGCACUACCCGUUUGAUGCAACAGCCGAGCCAGGUUACGUCUACCAUUGCCAUAUUCUUGAUCAUGAAGACAACGCAAUGAUUCGACCCCUGCUGCUGAAGCAUUGAUGGAGGACAAAGCGUUCCUCGUUGCAAAUUCCAGCAGCUACAUGUACGUCAUUACAGUACAGCGGUACAAUAGGCUAUAUGUGUUUCAUUUCCUUGCUCCUCUAAUCUCUAUCGUUGGGGUUUUAGAGUUGGGACAUAAAUAAAGCCCGACAAAGGAGUGUUUGUCUUCGUCUACGUAAAAUUUGUAGCCUUGUGAUCGAACGUAUUGUAUUUGUCUCGAGCACUUUGUCAGUUGUUCGUAAAGUGUUCUCCCAAUAAUAAGUCAUAUUUUCCCACAUAGUUAGGAGCA